AUGCCACCAAAACGAGGUCCAGCCGCAAGGAAAUUGCAUGAUUCACUUCCGCCAAAGACUGAGAUCCCAUGUAAAAUAUAUUCGCCGCUUGUUAUCACCAAAGAGAUUGGAAAAGGAGGGUUUGGACGGAUCUAUUCCGGGAAAACAAAGGUAAUCUUGCUGUUUUUGCGGUUCUUUUUAUUUAGAGAUCUGUUCGACGCGUCAAAGCAGGAUUUCUUUAUCUUUUCCAUCUGAUGUCAAGAAUAAUAUAAGUUUUCAGGACACAAAAGAAGAUGUCGCAAUAAAAGUUGAGCAGAAUGGCUCCGGUGGACUCUUCGUCGAAUUCCAGAUCUUCCGAUCGUUUUUGAGUGAGAAGGACCUGAAUGAAUACAAGAAACAGAAGCGUAGGGAUAAGAAUCAUGUUUUUAAUUCAAUUUUAGGUCUUCAAUUCCUUGGAUUGCCUCAUUUUGUGGCGUGGGGAGUCUUUACUCACAAAGGAACGGAGCUUCGUUUUGUUGCUAUGCCAUUGUACACAGGAUCUCUUCAAGAAUACAUCAACAAAAAGUCGGGGAAAGUUCUGGAUGUGGAUGAAUGUAAGGAGAUCGUACCGACUGUGUGUGAUGCCUACGACUAUUUGCAUUCAAAGGUGAGCCUUUUUAUUGUUGUUUUUCAUUUUUAGAUUACGGCAAUUUGUCCAUAAGAGAUCAUGUAUAGUAUCUUAUUAUAUAUUGAUUUAUGUUGUAGGAUAUUGUACAUGCUGAUCUAAAAGCCGAGAAUUUGAUGUUCUCAAAGCCAUAUCCAAAUCGUUUGGAUCGACUUACGUUGAUUGAUUUCGGGAUGUGUGGGAGAAGAAGCCAUGAAAUUAUAGAUCAACCAGAUAAGGGAAAAGCUCAUAACGGAACUGCUUUGUUCACAUCCACAGAUGCUCACAGAGGCUGUGCUCCGUCCUACCGAGCGGAUUACGAGAUCCUCGGACACAAUCUUCUCGCCUGGCUGGCUGGAGUUCAAAAUGUUCCUUGGAAUGUAAGAUUUUUUAUUUUUUUUGUUUGGUUUUUAGGUAUAAUCUGUCAUGGAGGAAUUCGAAUCGUUUUUGCUUCUUCUUAAACAUUUCUUGGCUCUAUUUAGAGCAAAAAUUUUAUCAUGGAUAAUAUAAUUUUUUUUCAGAAUAUCAUAACCAAGUUGGAUCAGGUUCACAGUCUCAAAAGCAAGAUUAUUGAUAGCAAAGGCGAGAUUCAGAAGUUGGUCGGAAGUCCAGAAGCAGCUUCUUUGGUUUAUGAGGUGUAUCAAGUGGCCAAAAAGACGAACUACAAGGAUAAAGUGGACUCGAGCAAGAUUAAAAGGGUAUGAGACAACGCUUUGAAGCCUUUGAGCUGUUUUAUAAUAGCUAAAAUCUUUUCUUUUCAGCUUGUUUCAUCUAUAAAAUCUCCAAAGAAGUCGGUGACAACUCCAAAAUCCAAAAAGAAGUCCUCGGCCGAACAAGAAAGCCCUUCUUCGUCAGCCAUUGUGAUCCCAAGCAGUCCACCAAGACCGAUAACGCCUAGAAAGACUAAGAAAAGUGCCUCAGAACAGCCUGAGAUCAGUUUGGAAGCGCAGAGAAGAGCCCAAGCCGAAGAACGGGAAGCCCGAGCCAAGAGGAGAAAUCGGGUUGACGCCAUUCCGGAAGAAGAAGAAAUUGAAAAUAGAAAACGACGAUCAGAGGAGCCCGAGGAUUCUGGAGAAUCAAAGAGGUCCAAAGUGGAGAAUAAACCAAAAUCGCCUGCUAAGAAAGCGAAAAAAGCUAAUUCACGUAUGAUUUUUCAUUUUUUGUUUUGUUUUUAGGUAACCGACUGGAAACUAAGCGAUUUUGGACGAAAAUUGAGAGUUUGUAUAUUGCACUAGGUUCUGUAGACCUUGUAGUGAUUUUAUCUCAAAAUUCUCCACUGUUCUUCUAUCUAAAAGUUUAAUUUUUAGUCGACGUUACACUUAGUCCAGCAGCCGCCGAACGUCUCGCGAAAAAAAUCCCCGGAAUUCAAGGAUUUUCUCGGAUAACUAAGCAAAUGGAAAUAAAAUACGGGUCGAAGAAAUAA